AUGAUCAACCAUUAACCUCUAUAAAAAAGAACUCCUUUAUUUAAUGUACGAAAGGCUACUUUAAUAAAGGAUGAAGUUGAUAAUUACAAAGUUUAUCGAUUUGAAUUGUUCUCGAUGAAAAGUAAUUAUCAAUUUUAAGUAGAAAAUAUCAGUCUCCAUAAAAAUCAUGCUUCUGCUAUAAACUUUUAAUAGAAUGAUAUUGUUUAAGAUCUAAAUUAAAGUUGUGUAUGUGAAGAAUGCGGGGGGAGAAUUGCAAAACAAAGAAUCAUGAUGAUUGAUCAAUCGGACAGUAAGUAAAUACUUGCGUCUUAAAAAUAAUCCUAUUCUCCUCCAUCUCAAAAUAGGCAUUCAGUGAUUGAUUCUAGUCUACUUGGAUCAUAAUAAUUUACUGACAGACAAAUGAUGUUUAGCCUUAAGAAAAGUGUAAGAAGAUCAAUAAAACCUGUUUUGUAGGUUAUCUAAGCUUAGAAUAUGAUGAAAAAAAUGGUUAAUGACAAUCAGAUCUAGGCGAGAAGAAGUUUACAAACGAUAGAAAAAUCAGAACCAUUAUUUGAGAAAGUCUAAAUAAAAUUAAAAUCUCAAUUCAGAAGAUCAAUAAACAAUUCCCCGAUCCAAAUUAGAACCAGGACUGAUGCAUCAACCUAUCUAUUCCCUAUAUUAGCAAAACCAAUGACAUAGUAAAAAUAAUUGGUUAAUUCUAAAUCUGAUUUCCAAAUUGUUAUCAAGAAAUAACCUUAAUUAUUGAAAAGUGAAAAAUUAAACUAGGUUAAAACCUUAUAGCAACGUUUAUUAUUAACAUAUCUAAAAAAAUCAACCUCUCAAUAAAAUUAAGAAAAAGUAAAUAUUUUAAAAUCUAAAUUGAAAAAUUGA